AUGAAUUUGUAUCAUCUAUUUAUUUUGCUUAUUAUAAACUACUGUGUUGCUACAUCACCAACUAAAGGUUACGCACCAGGUCCAGUCUCUUGCCCAAGUAAUCAAUUGACUAGAUCUGGAUCACAAGGAAUCAAUCCCAAUGAACAAUCAUAUAUUAAUGCUAGGUAUCCUAUUGCUAAACAGGCAUUAUCUCAAUUUUUGCACAAUGCAAAAUUACAGGACUUUGAUGUCGAUUCAUUCUUGGCACACUCAAACCCAACUAUUGGUAUUGCAUUCAGUGGUGGCGGGUAUAGAUCAAUGUUGACUGGGGCAGGGGAAAUCAGUAGCUUGGAUUCAAGAACAAAAUCCAAUACUCCAGUUUUGGCAGGUAUUUUACAAGCUUCAAGUUAUAUUGCAGGGUUAUCGGGUGGAUCUUGGUUGGUUGGAAGUCUUGCAAGUAAUAAUUUAAUUUCCGUUGAUGACAUGUUAUCUCAAGGCUUGUGGGAACUCACUCAUUCAUUUCUUAGUUACUAUGGCAUUGAGCAUCCUAUAAAGCAAGUUGAAGCAUGGGUUGAUGUUGCUACCCAAGUUAACAGCAAGAGAAAUGCCAAUUUCAAUGUCUCUCUUACUGACAUAUAUGGAAGAUUACUAAGCUACCCCUUGCUAACAAACACAGAAAAUGAAGGUGAUGCUUAUUUGUGGUCCGAUGUAACCAGUACUUCAAGUUUUCAAAGUCAUCAGAUACCCUUUCCAAUUUUGAUCAGUGAUGGUAGAGCUCCAGAUACUACCAUUAUUAAUCUCAAUUCUACUGUGAUUGAAUUAACCCCAUAUGAAUUUGGUUCGUGGGACCCCAGCUUAAAUGAAUUUGUUGACACUAGAUAUUUGGGAACAAAAUUAGAUAAUGGCCUUCCAACUGGUCAAUGUUAUAAUGGAUUUGACAAUGCUGGAUUUUUCAUUGGGACUUCUUCUGCUCUUUUCAAUCAAGCAGUUUUGUCUAUAAACAACGCUAACAUACCUAGUUUUUUGAAAAAUAUAAUUGAUGAUAUUUUGGUAGACCCAGUUCUCAAAUCCAAUAUAGACGUUUCUGCUUACAAUCCAAAUCCAUUUUUCAAAAGCUCUGGUGGCAAUACUCCUAUUUCUCAAUCAAAGGACCUUUACUUGGUUGAUGGAGGAGAAGAUGGUCAGAAUAUUCCAUUAAGUCCCUUGUUGCAUCGUAAAGUAAGCGCCAUAUUUGCCUUUGACAAUUCCAAUGAUAUUUCAAAUUGGCCAGAUGGGUCUUCGUUAGUGAAAACCUAUGAACGUCAAUUCUCACCACAGGGUAAUGGGGUUGCUUUCCCGUAUGUCCCUGAUCAAUACACUUUCCGUAAUUUGAACUUGACUAGCAGACCUACAUUUUUUGGUUGUGAUGCAAAAAACUUGACCUCCUUGACAAAGGAUAUUUAUGAUGUUCCCUUGGUAAUUUACUUAGCCAAUCGUCCAUUCACCUACUGGUCAAAUACUUCAACAUUCAAAUUAACUUACGACGACAACGAAAGACAGGGAAUGAUUUCUAAUGGAUUUGAAAUUGCCACUAGAUCAAGUGGAUCUUUGGAUAAUGAGUGGGCAGCUUGUGUUGGAUGUGCCAUCAUACGAAGAGAACAAGAGAGACAAGGUAUUGAACAGACUGAACAAUGUAAGAGAUGUUUUGAAAACUAUUGUUGGGAUGGCACCAUCUACAAAGGUGCUCCAUUAGGUGAAAACUUUAGCGAUGAAGGGUUAACCAAUAGUGCUGCUGAAUAUAACCUGAAUAAUGUGGCUGGUAUCAAUGACGGAGGAACUCUGAUUUUGAAAAAAGCAUAA